UGGCCCUAAAGCUUUUCGGGUUUAGACUAGUAGUUAAGCCGAGAGAAGUUAGUAUCUUUGCUCAUACCUCAGAGCUAUGUAAUGUAGGCGGCUUCAGAUACUGUUUAUGCUGUGCUCAAGUAAUUGUGGAAAAGUUUUGCUCGGCAUAUUCCCUGCCUGCCUUGCACUCUUCCUCUGUCAAACCAUAUUCUUGUUGUACAGACCUUGAGGAGCCAUUGAGUUACCUAUUAGUAAUAUGGUCUUAUAGAUCGUCAACUCGUUGGAAUUGGAAAAUGGCUUUUCAUUCCGAGGAAGAAAAGACUGAGGAUUAUCUUUUCAAAAUUGUUUUGAUUGGUGACUCAGCUGUUGGUAAAUCUAAUUUGCUUGCAAGAUUCGCUAGAAAUGAGUUCUUCCCUAAUUCAAAGUCGACAAUAGGUGUAGAGUUCCAAACCCAAAAGAUUGUUAUUGAUGGUAAAGAAGUCAAAGCACAGAUAUGGGACACGGCUGGUCAAGAGCGGUUUAGGGCUGUUACAUCUGCAUAUUAUAGAGGUGCUGUUGGUGCUCUUUUGGUUUAUGAUAUCAGUAGGCAUCAGACAUUUGAUAGUAUUGGCAGAUGGCUCAAUGAGCUCCACACUCACUCCGACAUGAAUGUUGUGACGAUACUUGUUGGUAACAAGUCGGAUCUCAAGGAUGCCCGGGAGGUAUCCACUGCUGAAGGAAAAGCCUUGGCAGAAGCACAGGGUUUAUUUUUCAUGGAAACAUCUGCUCUCGACUCAUCCAACGUUGCUGCCGCCUUUCAGAUGGUAGUGAAGGAGAUUUACAAUAUACUAAGUCGAAAAGUAAUGAUGUCCCAGGAGCUCAAGAAACAGGACCCUAGCUGGGUGGGGACUGGCAAGACGGUGGUCAUACAUGGAGACGAAGAAGCAUCAAGUACAGAGCCUAAAAAAGGUGGGUGCUGUUCAUCUUAGAAAGCUAAACAACAAAUGAGGUCUGGAUGGAAUUUUUUGGCGGGUCUUACAUGCCUCUUCGCUCCACUCAAGUUCCUUGCAUUCCUUCUCCAUUUGAUCUGAUUUUUUAAAUUUGUUUAAAUGUUUAUUUAAGGAACAUGUUUUCACUCUCUCUGGGUGGAAGAAAAGAAAAUUGAAGUACAUGUAAUGAUGUAAAUGAUCUGACGGAGGAUUACAAAGCUUAUACAGUGUUCUGUUUCUUUCC